AGGGGGCGCGGCCGGGGCGCUGUCAUGGCGGACGGGGAGCGAUCGCCGCUGCUGCCGCCCGAGGCGGGGCCGGGCCCGGGCGGGGCCGCGGCCGCCGGCGGCGCAGGGGCGGGGCCCGGCGAGGCUCCGCCCCCUUACUCGCCAUUGGGCAGCCCCGAGGCCGUGGGGGCGGGGCCGCCGGCGGUCACGUGCCGCGUCUGCCAGCGGCCAAUCAGCGUCGAGGGCAAAACGCACCAGCACGUGGUGAAGUGCGGGGGGUGCGGCGAGGCCACGCCAAUCCGCACGGCCCCCGGUGGGAAGAAAUACGUGCGCUGUCCCUGCAACUGCCUGCUGGUGUGCAGGGCCUCGGCCCAGCGCAUCGCCUGCCCGCGGCCAUACUGUAAGAGGAUCAUCAACCUGGGCCCGGUGCAGACGGGAGCGCCCAGCCCCGACCCUCCCCCCGGCGGGGUGCGCGUGGCCUGCGCCCACUGCGGGGGCCCCUUCCUGUGGGCGGAGCUCCCCGACCGAUCCCUGGCCCGCUGCCCCCACUGCCGCAAGGUGUCUGCGAUUGGCCGGCGGUUUCCGCGGCGACGCUGCCUGUGCUGCCUGCUGGGGGCGCUGCUGAUGGGCGGGGCCGCGGCCGGACUGGCGGCCGGCACCUGGUGGCUGUGGCGCCGGGCGCGGUGGGUGCCGGCGGCGUGGGCGGUGCUGGGGGCGGGGGCGGGGGCGUGUCUGCUGCGGGCGGCCUAUUGGGGCUGCGUGCGGGUCAGCCAGCCCCUCCCCCCGCGCGCCUGACCCCGCCCACCCGCGCGGGACACGCCCCUUUUCCGCCGCGGGACACGCCCACCUUCACAACCGGACGACCGAGCCACUUCCGGCCCC